AUGCUGCGCCUGCAGCAACUCGCCGGCAGCGCGCGCACCCGCGCCCCCGCGGCUACCAAGAGCAGUCUGCGUCCCGCCUUUGGCCUCUCUGCCGCCGCUAGAUGCUCGUCCACCUCCACGACCCCCAACGUCCUGCGGAGAAGACCGCUGGCCCCAAGCUCCCUGGCGCGCCUCAGGCACACCAGGAGCAACCAGGUGCCAAACUUCCUCAGUCGCCCUGUUUCGACAAAUGGUGCCCCGUCACGCACGCCCGCCGCUCUCCGAGCCCUCUACAAGACUGCUGCGUGGAUAGGCAUCUUCGCCAUCGUUGGUGGCAGCAUAGUCGUUGCUUUCUUCAUCUUCGACGCUACCACAUAUAAAGAGGGGCCUUUCAACGAGGACAUCCACGUUUCUGAACUCGCCCUCUUUCCCCGGAAAGGAGGCCCAAAGAACCUGCCAAUUGCAGAGCAUCUGGUCGACGAUGACGACAGCCCGGACAAGAAGGAGCAAAAACACAAGCCGAAGUUGGUUAUUCUGGGCACCGGAUGGGGCAGCAUUUCCUUGCUGAAAGGCCUGAACCCUGACGACUACCACAUCACCGUCGUUGCCCCCUCCAACUAUUUCCUUUUUACCCCCAUGCUUCCGUCCGCCACGGUUGGCACGCUGGAGCUCAGGUCGCUAGUCGAGCCGGUGCGACGCAUAAUAGCGGGCAAGAAUGGUCACUUUUUCAAGGGCAAAGCAGUCGAUGUCGAGUUUUCGGAAAAGCUCGUCGAGGUCACGGGCAUGGGUCCUCACGGUGAAGAAGAAAACUAUUAUCUGCCUUACGACAAGCUCAUCGUUGGCGUUGGCUCCGUAACCAAUGCCCACGGUGUCAAGGGCCUCGAAAACUGUCAUUUCCUAAAGGACAUUACCGACGCGCGCUUGAUCCGGAACACCGUCAUUCAGAACCUGGAAGCUUCGUGCCUGCCUACCACAACCGAUGAGGAACGCCGCCGUCUUCUCUCCUUUGUAAUCUGCGGAGGCGGUCCUACUGGUGUUGAGUUCGCGGCUGAACUUUACGACAUGCUUAACGAGGACUUGACCAAGUUCUUCCCCAAGAUUCUCCGGUCAGAGAUUUCGGUGCACGUAAUUCAGAGCAGAGGGCACAUUCUCAAUACGUACGAUGAGGCUCUUUCGAGAUACGCCGAGGCCCGCUUUGCCAAGGACCAAGUUGAUGUCCUCACAAACUCCAGAGUAAAGGAAGUCCGGGGCGACAAGAUCCUCUUCACCCAGAAGGAUGAGAAGGGAAAUGUUGUUGUCAAGGAGCUUCCCAUGGGCUUCUGUUUGUGGUCGACUGGCGUUGCCCAAACCGACUUUUGUGCAAGAUUGGCCAAGAAGCUCGACGGUCAGAACAACAGGCAUGCUUUGGUGACUGACGCCCAUUGCCGUGUCGUAGGAGCACCUCUAGGUGACGUUUACGCAAUCGGUGACUGCGCAACGGUACAGAACAACGUCUCGGACCACAUCGUGACCUUCCUGCGUACGCUCGCCUGGGAGAAGGGAAAGAAUCCCGAGGACAUGCACAUCUCCUACACCGACUGGCGCCAAGUCGCUAAGCGUGUGAAGGCGCGCUUCCCACAAGCAGCGGACCAUCUACGCCGCCUAGACAAGCUGUUCGAGCAGUACGACGCCGACAGGAGCGGCACCCUCGACUUCGGCGAGCUCCGCGAAUUGCUGCGCCAGAUUGACUCGAAGCUGACAUCGCUGCCGGCCACGGCCCAGCGUGCUCAUCAGCAGGGUCAGUAUCUGUCGCGCAAGUUCAACGCCAUCGCGCGCGCGGCCCCCGGCAUGCGCAUGAACCAGGUAGACUAUGGCGACCUCGAUGAUGUCGCCUACAAGGCGUUCGAGUACAGGCAUCUUGGAUCGCUCGCAUACAUCGGCAACGCCGCCAUCUUCGACAUCAACGGCCUCAACUUCUCUGGUGGCCUGCUGGCCGUCUAUCUCUGGCGCAGCGUCUACUUUGCACAGAGUGUGAGCUUGCGGACGAGAAUCCUGCUGGCAAUGGACUGGACCAAGAGGGCGCUGUUUGGACGAGAUCUCAUGAACUUCUAG